AUGUCUUCCAUCCUCAAUCGCUUAGCUAUCUCCAAGAGAAACGAGAAUCUUAUUCCAAACACGCUAGCUUCUGGAAUUCCCACCCUCGCUCCAAACCUGGACCAACUUCUGCUUUAUGCCUCAAACUCCUUCUCUCACCAUCGUCUACACCAAAAACCGCGUCACAAAACUAACCAUCCUCGUGAAGUCUUCGAUUUCUUCAUCGGUUGGAAUCUACAGGGCUUCCGCUUGUGUUUUCCUUUUGAAACACUUCGUCCGACAAUGUUUACGCGGAUUUUCGGAAAGCCAAAGCAAGAGACAAAUGCUCUUGCAACGUUGGACAAGUUGAACGAGACUCUUGAGAUGCUUGAGAAAAAAGAGAAGGUCCUAUUAAAGAAAGCUGCGUCAGAAGUCGAAAAGGCCAAGGAGUUCACUAAAGCUAAAAAUAAAAGAGCUGCAAUACAAUGCUUAAAGAGGAAAAGGCUUUAUGAACAACAAAUUGAACAGCUCGGGAAUUUCCAGUUGCGCAUUCAUGACCAGAUGAUUAUGCUUGAAGGGGCGAAAGCCACGACAGAAACUGUUGAUGCUUUGAGAACUGGAGCAGCUGCCAUGAAAGCUAUGCAGAAGGCGACUAAUAUUGAUGAUGUGGACAAGACAAUGGACGAAAUCAACGAGCAGACUGAGAAUAUGAAACAGAUUCAAGAAGCUCUGUCAGCACCAAUUGGUGCUUCAGCUGAUUUUGACGAGGAUGAACUGGAGGCGGAGCUUGAAGAACUCGAAGGAGCUGAGCUGGAAGAACAGCUUUUGCAACCCGCAACAACGGCUCCUGCUGCCCCUGUCCGUGUUCCUGCCGGAAGGCAGCCAGCAAACAAGGUUGAGGAUGAGGAUGAUGAGCUUGCAGAGUUGCAGAGAGAGAUGGCCCUUUAA